ACGAGACAGAGCUGACUGGCUUAGACUCGUUUCACUUCCUGAAAACAGAAACUCACUCCGUUGCUGCUGCUCAGAUGAGAACAUGGCUCAGAAAGGAGGAAAUGUUUAUUCAGAGAGCAUCUCUUGUUCCAUCUGUCUGGACCUCCUGAAGGAUCCGGUGGCUCUCUCCUGUGGACACAGUUACUGUAUGAAGUGUAUUGAAACCCACUGGGAUGGAGAGGACCUGAAGACAACCUACAGCUGUCCUCAGUGCAGGAAGACCUUCACACCGAGGCCUGUCCUGGAGAAGAACGUCCUGUUAGCAGAGUUAGUGGAGGAGCUGAAGAAGACUGGAGUCCAAGCUGCUGCUGCUGAUCACUGCUAUGCUGGACCUGAAGAUGUGUCCUGUGAUGUCUGCACUGGGAGGAAGAUGAAAGCCUUCAAGUCCUGUCUGGUCUGUCUGGUCUCCUACUGUGACAAUCACCUUCAGCCUCACUAUGAUGUACCUCCAUUAAAGAAACACCAGCUGGUGGAGCCCUCCAAGAACCUCCAGGAGAACAUCUGCUCUAGUCAUGAUGAAGUGAUGAAAGUGUUCUGUCGUACUGAUCAGCAGCUGAUCUGUUAUCUCUGUUCUAUGGAAGAACAUAAAGGCCACGACACGGUCUCAGCUGCAGCAGAAAGGACUGAGAGGCAGAAGAAGCUGGAGGUGAGUCGACUGAACAUCCAGCAGAGAAUCCAGGACAGACAGAAAGACGUGAAGCUGCUUCAACAGGAGCUGAAGGACAUCAGGGUCUCUGCUGAUAAAACAGUGGAGGACAGUGAGGAGAUGUUCACCCAGAUGAUCCAUCUGAUCCAGAACAGAAGCUCUGAGGUGGAGCAGCAGAUCAGAUCCCAGCAGGAGACCCAAGAGAGACGAGUCAAAGAGCUUCAGGAGAAGCUGGAGCAGGAGAUCAGGGAUCUGGAGAGGAAAGACGCUGAGCUGAAGCAGCUCUCAGAUACAUCAGAUCACAGCCAGUUUCUCCACAACUACCCCUCAGUGUCAGCACUCAGUGAGUCCACACACUCAUCCAGCAUCAGCAUCCGUCCUCUGAGACACUUUGAGGACGUGACAGCAGCUGUGAAAGAGCUCAGAGGUAAAGUAGAGGACGUUCUGAAGGACACCUGGACAAACAUCUCACCGUCAGAUGUUCCACCGCCACAACCAGAACCAGACCUGGAACCAGAACUAGAACCAACAACCAGAGCUGGAUUCUUAAAAUAUUCACGAGAAAUCACCCUGGAUCCAAACACAGCAUUCAAAAAGCUGCGAUUAUCUAAUGAGAACAGAAAAGUGACAUCAAUAAAUUAUCAACUGUCUUAUCCUCCUCAUCCAGACAGAUUCACUCGACGGUUUCAGGUCCUGAGCAGAGAGAGUCUGACUGGACGUUGUUACUGGGAGGUGGAGUGGAGAGGAGGAGGAGUUGAUGUAGCGGUUUCAUACAAGGAUAUCAGAAGAACAGGGAGUUCAGAUGAUAGUGGAUUUGGAUACAAUGACAAAUCCUGGUCUUUAUAUUGUGACACCGACAGUUACACAUUCUGGUACGACAACGAUGACAUUUCCAUCUCUGGUCCUCAGUGCUCCAGAAUCGGAGUCUACCUGGAUCACAGAGCAGGUAUUCUGUCCUUCUACAGCGUCUCUGAAACCAUGACUCGCCUCCUCCUUGGAAUCCAAACCACGUUCACUGAGCCUCUACAUGCUGGAAUUUGGCUUCAUAAUUAUGGAAACACAGCAGAGUUCAUGAAACCCGAAUAGACUGAAGUCUGUAAAGGACGGCUUAGAAUGACUCAGUCCCCAUCGUUUUACACUGUAAAACCAGCUCAGCAGCCACUUUUUAAAACAAUUUACUCAUGUUUUAAGGAUUAAAAUGACAGAAAAUACGUAGAAAGAUGUUGAUUUAUGUUGAAUAUUAAAAUAAAACAGAUUAAAACUAUUUCCAAGAAGUUUACAAUGUUUGACUGCACAACUUUUAAAAUCACCAACAAAUUUAAUUAUUUCCCAUUAAUUGGAUUGAAAAUGGUAAUUAAGGUUGUUUCGAUGGUUUUCAAAGUUUUGUCUGUUUUAUUUUGUAAAUAUCUUGUCAAAUGAAAUUUAAAAAGUCUUAAUAUACAUGUAGACUAUAAAUAAAUCGAUAAAGGUUAAUAGAAUGCUGAUCUUACCGAUGCUGUCCAGAUCCAUGAUGAUUCCACAUCUGGACAGUCUGUAGUUCUGUUGAUCUAAAGGGAACAAAACCUGUCUUUAACUUGGUUUUUAUGCAGUUUGUAAAUCAAUGUUUGUUUUUUUUAAAUUUCUGAUUAUUACUGAAAGCAUUUGGAUUAUUGGAUCAUUUUCUGUGCAGCUCUUGUCUUUUCUCACCAUCGUUUACUGUGUAUUUUUAAACGCAUUAUUUGUAUUUUUAAUGUACCUGUUUUGGACUUCACAGUUUUUCCUGAAUGUAGAUUAUUUGAGGAUUCAUUAGUUUAAUUGGUGUUUUAUAAUUUUCAUUUCUGAUUAUUUGAUUUUUUUCCCCUGUUUGGCUCUUUAUGCAUCUGGAAUUAAAUUUGGAAAAGUGAUGUGUUUUGUUGGAAAUUUGAAGCCUUUGAUUUCUGUCAAUAAAUGUUAAAUAAAUAAAUAUAGUUAAUGUUGAA